AUGAAAGAUCGUCGAAUUUUCUCUGAUGCAUUUCGUGUUAAAGUAUCAGAAUGCAUUAAGAUUACCAAUAAUAUUCGUACUGAUUAUGAAAUAGAUAUUUUAGAAACCAAUAUUAAUUUUGAAAUACCCGAUAAAGCUAUUCAUGAUUUUGAUUCUAUGUUAUCGAUAUAUUGUCAAAAUAUUAAUCAAAACAAUAAUAAUAUUGAUAGUACUCUCAAUUUAUCUCAAGAAAACGAUGAAUUUCGAAAAUCUAAUGUAUUUUAUAACUAUUCUAAUGAAAUCAUAAAACUAGAAAAAUUUCCAUCAGAAGAUAUGCAUUGUAUACCAAUAAAAUUACCAACAAUAGUUGAAAUGCAACUUAGAAAUAAUCAACUUCUCAGAAAUGCUAUUCAUAGUUAUAGACAUCAUGAGCGAUAUUUAAAUUUAUCUAAGAAGAGUAAACUAUAUUCAAUAAAAAUGAUAGACAAAGAAGAAGACAUUCAUGUGAUUGAAACUAAACCUUUAUGUCCUAUGGAAUCAAAUGAUACAUUUGAUUCAUCAUCAGUUAUUCUACCAAAAACUAAAGCAAGUUUUUACAAAACUAAUGAAUCAAAUUCAUAA